CUAACCUAAGGUCAAUACACUAAACGUUCAUUUUCCAAAUUUAUUCCCGAGCGCAGCUAUUUUAUUUUAUACCCGCAUUUAUUAUAAUUUAUACACUACAUCAAUUUCGAAGCACAUCUCUUGAAAACACUUCAAAUAUAAACGAUUUUCUCAUAAAAGAUGGCAUGUCCCAAUCAGUGCAAUACGUGCCCACCGACCGAAAGGGUCCCGCAGCUAGUGCAAAACCCCCCAUGCCCGGGGGUGACGUGCUGCCCCCCAGGGUGCGUGGCACCCCGACGCAUGUGCCGCUACAUCCAGCCGCCGCGACCCAUUUCCUACAAGCCAGAAAUCGCCUAUCGCCCGCCAAUGCUCAAAAUGGACGACGACACCAUCUACCGCAAGUCCUACCUGCCGGUAGACGGAGACAAGCCUGUCCCCAUUCGCCCUCCGCACAACCUAUGUAUUGGUCAGGGCCGCAUCUCCGACGAUACCAUCCAUCGUCUUUCGUACAUGGGCCAUGCUGUACCGCCACCAUGCCCAAUCAUUCCUUGCGAGCACAAGAUGAUCGGCGAGGGUCCCAUGCAAAUCGUCACAACCAACCGGCACGACUAUGUCCCGAAGCCCUUCUGCCGCAUGCAACCAUGCUAUCCGGCAAAGAACCUCUUCACGUCCGACUGUCCCCUGAGCGACCUCACCACCAAUCGCUUGUCGUACCUGCCUCUGAAUGUGGACAAUUUCAAGGUGCAUGCCAUCAAGCAAGAAGAUGCCAUGGACAAACCAUGUGGCCGCAUGGAAGACAAUACGGUACAGAAACUGUCGUAUCAACCAUGGCAGCCGCAGAUCCCGGAGGAGAUGCCAUGGAAGGCGCGCCCAUCAUAUGCUCCUCCGUGUUUACCCAUGGAAGAGCACACGAUCCAUCGGCUGAGCUUCCAACCUCCAGGGCAGUUCGUAGAGUGCCCGGGUGGACCAGAUUGCGUCCCGUGCCCUGAGCAAUCAUGCACCUUACCCGCAUGCACUGCUACAUGCUGUUGCCCCCGCGCAGCAUGCUAAAGUGCAGAUAUUCUGCACUGCAUUUUCGAACAUACAAAUUCUCUGUUUGCGUGCGUACAUAAUGUAUUCCGUAUUUAUUUCGAUCCUUUCAUUAUCAAUACUGUAUAUGUUUUUUAUUUAAUAAAAUUUGCAAUGUCAACGACAA